AUGGCACCCAGCAAUUCUAAGUGGUGGCAAGCGCCCGACGAGGCCGACCUGGACUAUGGAUUCGAUUCUGACGACCUGGAUAGAUAUAUUGGACCUGAGGGUAAUCCCCGCCGACCGAGACCACCGACCGAGACACGAGAACAAGCACAAAAACGGGAUUCAAAUAACGGGGAUAAAGGCGUGCUAGGGAAUAUGACGGACUGGCUGUCGCGACAUGUUGGGCCGCACAAUUCACAGCUUGCGGCCACUGCGGUCUUGUCUGCAGUAACUGUCGCAGGUGGAAUUCUUGGCUACCAGGCUCACCAGAGGAGAGGAGCUGUUCGUGAUCUCAAGGCAUCUAUUCCGGUAUCUGAUGAUCUACACCCUUCGGACUUCGGCGCAGCGGAGAACGCUGUUCCUAUGAGCAAGGAGGAUGAGCGCAGUGCUGCGUUAGCUCGGAGAGCGCAACAGGGAGACUAUGAUGAUGAUUUGAUUCUCGAACAACUAGCCCGAAACCGAGUUUUCCUUACCGACGAUGGUCUUGCGAAAUUGCGUUCCUCCUUCAUCGUCGUUGUCGGUUGUGGUGGUGUUGGAUCCCAUGCUGCUGCGUCGCUCGCUCGCUCGGGCGUUUCCAAAAUCCGACUUAUCGAUUUCGACCAAGUCACGCUCUCCUCUUUGAACCGACACGCACUUGCUACAUUGGCGGAUGUUGGAACACCAAAGGUGCACUGUAUCCGUAGGAGAUUGGAGCAGAUCGCCCCGUGGGUGAUGUUCGACUGUCGCAAUGAGCUUUUUGGCAAGGACGCCGCGGAGAACCUCCUCGGUCCUUGGACCCUGACACACGAAGGCGAGGGUCGCCGACCAGACUACGUGCUUGACUGCAUUGAUAACAUUACUUCCAAGGUGGAUCUCCUCCACUAUUGUCACACAAACUCGCUGCCGGUUAUUUCGUCAAUGGGUGCUGGUUGCAAGUCUGACCCGACCCGGGUUGUUGUUGGCGAUAUCUCGCUCAGCACAGAUGAUCCGCUCUCUCGUAGUACCCGACGCCGAUUGAAGGCGAAGGGUGUCAGCUCGGGCAUUGCCACUGUUUUCUCAACGGAGAAGCCAGGUCCUGGCAAGGCAAGUCUACUCCCGCUUCCUGAGGACGAAUUUGCCAAGGGCCAGGUAGGCGAACUGGGUGUUCUCCCCGACUUUCGGGUUCGGAUUCUCCCCGUUUUGGGCACCAUGCCUGCUGUGUUUGGAUACACAGUUGCCAACCAUGUCAUUUGCAGUGUGUCAAACUAUCCCAUUGAUUAUAGCAUGGUCAGCAAGGGCCGUGACAAGAUGUACGACAGCGCUUUGGCAACGCUCCAAGGGUUGUCAGAGAGACUGAACAAGCAGGUUGCUGGUGAGGACGCGAUCAGCUUGCGCAUUCCUGUCAGCCGGGAUGAUAUUGCAUUUUUGAUGGAAGAAGUCUGGCGUGGCAAGAGCGCUAUCACCGGUCUUCAAAACCGACUAAUGUUGGUUCCCUGGCGAGCCCUGGCCCAAGGAUGGGGUGUUGAUCCGAAAUGGUCACCAGAAGGUCAGAAGAUCCUGCCACUGGAUAUCACGGAGCUCGUGUGUAUGACCAAGGAUGAGGCUGCAUACCAUGAGCGAGAGGUACUUCGUGGGGGCAAGACAGUGGAAGAGGCAUAUGAGGAGACUGUUUUGCAACGGGUGAAUCUCCGUCUGAGCGAAGCAAAAGAAGCCUCUCGUUUUUCGCGCUACUCUAGACCUCUCAUCGACUCCGUCCGGAACGGCUGGCAAUCUCAUUCCAACCCAGCUUACCACCACCUCUCGCCGGAUAAUGACAAGCACCCAGGAUGGCUCCAGAUGGCCAUGUCAAUAAUCGCUGCCCCAAGAUUCCGUCGCUAUGUCAUCGUCUACUUGACCCUUUUCCUGCUGGGUUGGUCAGGAUGGAGUCUGAUCCUGUACCCUCGUCUCGAGGAGCGGAGCUCCUUGCUUCAUGCGCUAGAUCCCGCUUCCAAGGCGGAGGUCGGGGGAUGGUUCGGGACAAACUCAUUGCCGCGGUUUGAUGAUUUGAUUCAGAUUCGGACCUUUGAUCCUAAUUUUCUACCCACGGUUCCACUGGAAGGUGAUUCUGAUUGGAAGAAGAAACGGUUGGUUAUUGUUGGCGAUGUACAUGGAUGUAAAGAAGAGUUGGUUCAACUUCUUGACAAAGUUUCCUUUUCCUCCGCAAAUGGCGACCAUUUGAUCUUCACCGGCGAUCUUAUCAACAAGGGACCCGAUAGUGCUGGGGUCGUGGACCUCGCGCGUGAGCACUCUGCCUCUUGUGUUCGCGGAAACCACGAGGAUAGAGUUCUGCUUCUCCGCCAUGAUAUUGUGGCAUCUAACACGAUGGCUGGACCAGCGGAAGGAGAUGACCAGAUAUAUUCUGAGAGGGAGAUGAACGAGCGCGCGUUGGCCCGCUCGUUGAAUGAUGAGCAAGCAGACUGGCUGGACCUGUGUCCUGUCAUUCUGGAUAUGGGCUUGAUCUCCGGAAUGGGCCAGACAGUCGUUGUUCAUGGUGGUCUUGUCCCAGGUGUGGAACUUGAGAGACAGGACCCCUUGAGCGUCAUGACCAUGCGUACCAUUGAUUUGGAUACGCAUGUGCCCAGCUCCUCGAGUGAGGGAUGGAAUUGGGCUAAAAUGUUCGACAAGCACCAGUCUAUCUUGCAUAAGAGCCUCAAGGCUUCGCGAGUUGACCCUGACUCUCAAACAACCACUGUUAUAUAUGGCCAUGAUGCCAAGACAUCACUUAACAUUCGUACCUAUACUAAGGGUCUUGAUACAGGAUGUGUAAAGGGUGGUAAGCUGACUGCAAUGAUUAUCGAGCCAGGUGGAAAGCAGAAGCUCGUCCAAGUAAAGUGUCACAAGUACUUGACAGAUUGA